AUGAUGCUCAGAUACCUGAUCACUGGCGCGACAGGUGGCUUCGGUGGCCACAUUCUUGACUAUUUCAUUAAUAACGUCCCCUUGAAUGAAUUUGCCGUCUCAUCGUCCCAAAGAGGGAAGCGACAGUACUUUGAGGGUCGCGGAGUCCAAUUUCGCCACUUGGACUACGAGGAUCCUUCCACUCUCGAGGUGGGGCUACGAGACGUGCAGAAUCUGCUCUUCGUCAGUACGAAUACGAAUGUGAUACAUAUCGAUCGAAUUCACAGACACCACCAGAAUGUCGUACUGGCGGCCGCCAAGGCUAAUGUUCGGCAUGUGUGGUACACAUCUUUGCCUUUCGGUGGAUUUGGGAAUGACUCAAAGGUCGCGGUCCAACAGCAGCAUAUAGCCACAGAGCAAAUGCUCCAAAAAUCUGGUCUGACGUAUACCUGCAUCCGCGAGGGUAUCUACACAGAGGCAUUCCCACUCUUUCUCAACUGGUAUGCCGACACAGCUGAGAUUAUCCUUCCAUGCGACGGUGAAAUAGCUUUUACUAGCCGAGAGGACCUUGCUGAGGGUACUGCACGCCUAAUGCUAGGUGGUGGGUACGAGAACAAAACAGUACUUCUCACGGCGGGCGAGACCAUCACCGCAAGGGGGAUAGUGGAUACGAUUAUUCAGUCCACAGGUCGGGAAUUGAAGAUUCGGUAUGUCUCGGAAGGGGAGUUCCUUGCGCAUCAUACGGAGCAUGACAAAGGGAAGAAACCAGUCGUUCUUUUUGAGAUACUUGCCUCAUGGUGGACGGCAGCUGCUAGGGGGGAACUAAAGGUCGUGGACGGAUUGUUGCGCGAGAUACUGUGCAGGGAGCCAUUGACGCCACAUCAUACCGUGAAAAAACUCCUUCAGGAGAAAGGUGAUCAUACCUGGCAUCAAAACUAUGCCUGA